AUUUGCUGUUUAAACUGCUCGGUUUCAGUCUGUUGGACAUACGUAGGCUUUGUAUAGAUUUUUAACCUUUUUUUCCUUAAAUCUUCGCGUUUUUCCUCCACUUCCGGUGCCAGACUCCUUGUCUCCGCCCACACAUUCCUGCGUCUGGGUAAAAUCGGUAGGAAAAGAAAAGGGAAAAUCUAGCAGGCUGGAAACGCUGAGUGGAUCUGGAAGCGGACAGGAGAUGAGCCCAAACAAUAACAACAUUCCUCCGCCUGAAGCCGAACCCUGAGACAACAGCUGCUGCACAAACCAGCGCUCACUUCAUUUUGCUGAAUCACACAACUUGUUAACAACUUUUUUCGUUCUUUUUCUAUACUUUUUGAGUUUUUAAAACUUUAAGCUCUGCUGUGGAAGCUAGAUAGGGGGAAAAAAAGCAGGAAAGAAAGCAUGGAGAUCCUGGACAGCAGCGAGUCGCUGCUCCAUUGGGACAGGAACCUGAGCGAGCUAUCUGAGGCCGGGGAGCUGGACUCUGUGCUUUACACCAAUCACUUCUCCGAACUCCUUGACGACCUCUCCCCGGAUGGUUUGCUGGGCCAGCUGCUCAGCGACCCCUUCCUGUCUGGGGACAAAGGAGACGAGGAGCCCAUGGAGGGGGAGGACGGCGGCGACCUGUCCCCUUCCUCUCCUCUGCCGCCGCACAUCACCGCCGAGCACAGCUACUCGCUGUGCGGAGACAGCCGGCCUCAGUCGCCGCUGUCGCACCUGACCGGAGAACACGGCAGCGAAGCAGAGUCAGAUGGAGACUCUUCUGAGUGGGCCAUGGAGCAGCAUGAGGCCAUUGAGGGCCUCCUUUGUGAGACUCCUUCUCUACUCCCCACUCUUCCGCUCCCUCUGGCCUCCGGUGAGGAGCCUCGUGGGCCUGAGGGUCCCGCUUUGGCCCCCGUCUCCCAAGCAGCAGUCGCCAACAUAGCCAACCAAGGCAAAGCCAUUAAGAUUAAGGAGGAGAAAAUCAUCCCUGAGAUCAAGCUGGAGCCGCAUGAAGUGGAUCAGUUCCUCAAUUUUUCACCCAAAGGCCUGGAGUCCCCACAGAUGCCCCCCACUCCUCCCAGCUCCCACGGCAGUGAUUCAGAGGGCAGCCAGAGCCCCGUUCAUGCCCCGCCCAGUCUGUCCUGCCCCACCUCCCCCAGCAGCCCCUCUCCAUCUCAGCCCAGCGUCAAGGUGUCUCCCCGCGCCGCUUCCUCCUUGUCCAACUCCCCUCUGCUCACCGCUCCUCAUAAGCUACAGGGGUCUGGGCCGCUAAUCCUGACGGAGGAGGAGCGUCGAACUCUGGUGGCCGAAGGUUAUCCCGUUCCUACCAAACUGCCACUCACUAAAGCUGAAGAAAAGGCCCUUAAGAAGAUCCGCAGAAAGAUCAAGAACAAGAUUUCAGCUCAGGAGAGUCGCAGGAAGAAGAAGGAGUACAUGGAUGCUCUUGAGAAAAAGGUGGAGACAUGCUCCAAUGAAAACAGCGAGCUGCGCAGGAAAGUGGAAACUCUGGAGUGCACAAACAAAUCUCUGCUGCAGCAGCUGCAGGCUCUGCAGGCGAUGGUGACAGGAAAAAUCCAGAAGUCCUGCCGAAUGGCCGGCACCCAGACGUCAUCAUGCUUAAUGGUGGUCGUGUUGUGCUUCGCUCUGUUUCUGGGGAGUUUUUACCCGAGCAGCUUCACCCUGUCGUCAAGCAUCACCGAAACGGGCGUAGCAUCCAAACAUAUCCCAGAAUCCUACACAACUACAGUGAAAUCCAGGAGUUUGCUGUCGACCUUUGAGGACGAGCAGCCGCACCUCCUGGGCCUGGGCGGCGAAUAUCCCGAGCAGUGGGAGGACGCGCCGGCGGUCAUCAUGGCAGCGUGGCGCCGCUCAGAGCAGCAGAAGCUGAGCUCGGAGCAGAGCAGGGCGGAGACGCAUCCGCCUUUCCGGAAUAAAAGCAACGACACACAGAAGAACCUGCUGCUCGACCUGCACAGGUCGCAGAGGGCGAAUGGAAGCAGCAGUAAAAUUUUAGAGCUGGAUCGAUCGGUCAACGAGACCUCCUGAGGUCUGAUUGCGCUCCCUCCCAGCAGAUAUGUUUUGUUCCUCUGGAGCUUUUUAAAGUGUCCUGAAGCAGAUUUCCUCCACAGCGCCCCCUGUUGAUGCCACCGCCUGCUCCAUCGAAAUUCUAAUAAAGAGGCACUGGAUGCCUUGUGUGUCUGAAUUAAAGUUGCACUGAUGGUUUCU